GUCAUGGAAAGAGUUCGCGGAGGCCAGGAAAAGCCGCUCGCUGCGUCUCUAUACCUCCAAGAUAGGCGGGGAUUCAUUCGAUAUUGACGAGAUUGUGAAAGCAAAAAGAGUUGAUCUAAUGCACGUUGAGGAUAAAGAACUUCCUCAAUGCCUUGUUAGUCAACCCAUGGGCUGGAAGAUCCUUUCUGGGUCGGAAUCGCAGGUACAGCGCAUGGCCCAUAUUCAAUGUCCCGACUUGCGACGCCUUAUCCUGGUAGAUUUCAAAGAAAAGGCAAGGCUAUUCGAUCCGAAUUCCUUUCUUUCUUCGAUAGAGGCGUUUACCAAAAUCACAUGGUUCGAGUGCCACACAGACAAAUUCUACAUGGGUCAUCUUAAUAUUAUAGACGAUGAGAGGGAACCUGUAGAAUUACCCAAUGAAAUCUGGUUCAUGAGCGAGGGUAAUGAAAUCGGAGACUUCCCUCCCUGGUCCGAAGUUCCUCGUCUCGAACACUUCGAAGUUGACGCGAACCUCAAGUUCAACUUUCAAGGUUUACCUCUUGAACAUCCAUUAAAAAGGAUUAUAGUGCGACACUGGUCGAUCGAUAACAUCUCCACCUGGUUGGACUCCUCAAGUAUGCAACAUAUUAGACUCCUUACUAGUAAUCUGAAGUUUGAGGUCAGUCUAUACGGGCCUUCUCUGGCACUUCGGACGAAGGAACAGGAGAUGGAUCGCUUAUUUGCAAAGGCCAAGGAGAAUAGCGUUCACCUUGAGGUUUUCGUUUUCGAUUAUCAGUCCAAGCCUAUCGUGUCUGAAUAUGCCACAAAGCGGCUGACUUGA